GGCUUUUUUGUGCUGCGUUAUUGUCGUGGUGCCGAUAUGGUACCGACCUGCGCUUUAUCUGUUGUGUCUUUUCUGUUCUUAGUUGCAGAAUCCCAAGGUUUCCUGCCAACGAAACAAGUAGCACGAGAUGUUUUCCGUUUUUAUCCUCUCGAAGUCUUCCCGUUGGAAGAAAUCCUGGCGACAAGAGAGGAGUAUGCUGCUGUUUCUGCUGGUCAAACCUAUGAGUAUCAGGGAGAUGCUCGUACCGAUAAAAUUAUUGGUUCUUUUGUAGAAGUGUGCGUUACCAAUCGAGGGUUUGAAAAAAUUCGCGUGAAUUUACCCUCGUCUACUCCGCUUCUUGCCGCGGGUGAAGAAUUUUCUGAGGGGACCCUCAUCGAGUUUGAUAACCUCAAGAUUCGCCCUUAUGUCUCCCGCGCUAAUCGUCUCGCUUAUACGGCUUCUGCUGAUGCUGCCCAUGUGGUUGCUCCUAAUAAGCGCCCUGGGAUGCCUGAUCAGAAGCUUGUGUCUUUCAUUAUUUCUCAUACGGCGCUCAAUCGUCACCCGUUUGUUAUGCAUAUGUUCUUUGUGGUGUUUUCGAUACUGUUUGGUAUUGCUGUGCUCUGCGCGUUCAGUAUUGCCUUCAGCUUUGUGACUCCUGUGAGCGCUGAGGAACUUCCUUCUGCCGUGGAGCAGCAGCGGCCGACUGACACGUCCGCGUUCGAUUUCGAGGGCGCUCACGCGAACUUCGAUUCGAUGGUAAGCGAGAGUGAUCGCAUCUGCGUUUUGGUGUUUGUUAGGAGCGUUCUUAUAGUUCCCCCUGAACCUGCUGACCCGGUGGAGCCGACUCCCGAGUAUGUCUCAAUGCUCCCGCAGACGGGUGAUGCUUUUUCUCUUGCUGCCGCUAGUGUUGACGAUUCUCGUAUCGCCUUGUCCAAUCUCAGUACUUUCCUGGCCAAGAGGAGGGUCUUUUUUGCGGUUGCUUCUGCUGAUAUGACAAAGAAUGUUGUUUAUUAUGGUCUUUUCACGCUACUUCCCUCGCGGGUGCUUUGUACGCUUGUUUCCGUUGUGGUUUCUUUCGUUGUGCUUGCGGUGUGGGGCUUUUUUGUCUGGUGGCUUCUGUUUAAAAGUGGGCUUCGCUCCAAGAAGCUGCAUCCAAAUAAAAUGCUUGCCGCGCUCCUUGCUGACUAUAUCCGUGACAAUGGGUUGUGUCAGUUUAAGAGCAGCGGAGCGAACGCUUCUGAGGUACUUGUUUCUUCAGCCAUUAUGCGCGGGGAGUAUACGUCUGAUGGUUUCAUAGUUGUAGAUUUUUUCAAGCGGGGCGAUGUCUAUACUGAGAAGGCUUCGCGGCAGGCUGAGGGGCUUUCCGCGCUUCUGUCAUGCCCGCUUGAUUCGAUGGAGGACAGUUUCGACCGGUGCCGCUAUCGAUUCUGUGCUGUGCCAGAUACUCGCCUGUGCGCUGUUUCCAUGCUUACGGAAUCUGAUUGGAGUGGACAGCGGGACAGGAUACAGUUAGCUGGUUCGCUUUGGUGGCAUUUCGGAAAGCUUCCCCAUGCCCUUAUUGCGGGUGGUACGGGUGGCGGCAAAUCAACGUUUCUGUAUUACCUUCUCGGUGAGUUCCUGCGCCUUGGUGAUGCUACGGGUGGUGCCGCUGAUGUGUUUAUCUGUGAUCCCAAGAAUGCCGAGUUAGCUUCGCUCUCUCGUGUGUUCAGCCCCGAUCAUGUGGGUACUACGCCUGGGCAGAUUGCUAAGGUGGUGCGGCAUUGCCGCGAGGUCAUGGACGAGCGUUAUAGGUACAUAAAUGAUUCCGAGCGUUUCCGCUUUGGUGCGUCCGCGUUCGACUACGGACUGAAUCCUGUAUUUUUGGUGUUCGAUGAGGUAGCAGCUUUUCGUGCUGAAGCGGACAAAAAGACCUUUACGGAGGUGUGGGAUAACCUUACGCAACUCGUCUUGAAGGCUCGUGCGGUUAACGUGUUUGUCAUUUUAGCGUUGCAACAGCCCCGAGCCGAGGUUGUAAGUACUGACAUACGUGACAAUUUGGGUCUGCGCGUGUCGUUGGGCGAUUUGUCUGAGGAAGGCUACCGUAUGGUGUAUGGCUCUGAUGUAACUGGUUAUCGUUUCAAUCAUGUGACUGAGAAGGGUACGGGUUACAUUCAGCUUGACGGCUGGAACGCUCCCAAGUCUUUCGUUGCCCCGUUCGCGGAUUAUUCUACUAUCGACUAUCCAGCGCGGCUUGCUGAGCUCUACAAGGCCGCACAAGACCGUAACAAGCUUUCUUCGGUAUCUGAUACCGGGGAGGGCGUAAAAGAUGCUCCUGGAUAUAUCACAGAGGUGCAGGAACAGCAAUAG